CCAACUGGCCAGGAGCUUCUGAGAGCACCUCCAGAGGCCAUGUUUAAUGGGGAAACGAGCUCCUCUUCGGCUAGGAACGUGGUCCGGAGCUCCAGCAUCAGUGGGGAGAUGUACAACAUUGAGAAGAGCAAUGGGGGCAACCCAGACUCAGCUAGUCUCUCGUCCAACAAGAAGAGGCGAUCCAGCCUCGGGGCCAAGAUGGUGGCCAUCGUGGGGCUGUCCCAGUGGAGCAAAAGUACAAUGCAGCUCAACCAUCCCGAUGGCGGCCCAAAGAAACUUCGCAGCAACAUCCGCCGAAGUACAGAGACUGGGAUCGCUGUGGAGAUGAGAAAUAGGGUGACACGGCAAGGCAGCCGGGAGUCAACCGAUGGUAGUACCAACAGCAACAGCUCCGAUGGCGCGUUUAUUUUCCCUACAACCCGGCUGGGAGCCGAAAGCCAGUUCAGUGACUUCUUAGAUGGGCUGGGGCCAGCACAAAUCGUGGGACGGCAGACAUUAGCUACUCCGCCAAUAGGUGAUGUCCACAUUGGGAUGAUUGACAGAAACGGGCAGCUGGAGGUGGAAGUGAUCGAGGCCCGCGGCCUCACUCCAAAGCUAGGCUCCAAGUCUAUUCCUGCCACCUAUGUCAAGGUUUACCUCUUGGAAAAUGGGGCCUGCCUGGCCAAGAAGAAAACAAAGACGGCCAAGAAGACCUGCGACCCCCUCUACCAGCAGGCCCUGCUCUUCGACGAGGGUCCUCAGGGCAAGGUGCUACAGGUAAUCGUCUGGGGAGAUUACGGCCGCAUGGACCACAAAUGCUUCAUGGGAAUGGCACAGAUAGUUCUGGAAGAGCUGGACUUGUCCAGUGUGGUGACAGGCUGGUACAAGCUCUUCCCCACCUCCUCAUUGGCAGACUCCACGAUUGGACCCCUGACGCGACGUCUUUCCCAGUCGUCUCUAGAGAGUUCAACAAGUCCCUCUUGUUCUUAAGGACGGCAAGAGAGAGAAAGGGAAAGGAAGAUGGAAGAAACAAAGAAAGAAUGCCAUUGCCUUUACCACCACUCUGGUAGCAUGGUUUGUAAAUAUCCCAUGCCUUUCCUUCUCCCACCACCCAUCCUCUUC